UCAUCCAUCAGUUUCCGUUUCGAAACGCGGCCCGCGCAACCAUCUCCCAUUUUUUUCUGUCCGAUUUUUCGUUUUUUCAAAUUUUGAGUGGCCUCGAAAAAUUUGCAUCAUUUCUAUCGUGUUUUACUGCGUAACGUGGUGACCAUCCAUCCAAUUUCGAAAAUAUCGGGAUUCUGGGGUUCGAUGCAGAAGUGACCGGAAGUAAUUUGCAUCGGCUUUAUCGUGUACCGUGUGUUGUGUAUUAAGUAUCGUGUAUCGUGUAUCGUGUAUCGUACACUGCGAAAUACAGUGACCGCCCCCGCAACUUUGGAUUUCAAAAUCUAGUGACCUGGAAAAAUUGCAUCAUCACUAUCGUGUGUUAUUUCACGAAGAAUCGUGACCACUGAUAAAAGUUCCGUGAAAUACCCAUCCAUAGAUUUGGCAACAUUGCUCAUCGCGACGACACUCUAAAAAAUUGCAACCUAACCAUAUUUUACAAUAUUGUUCAAAAAUUACUCAGUUUGAGUUAUUUUCUUGAAGAGUGUACCAUUCGUUGGCCCAAUCGUUGAUUCAAUCUGCCUUUUCUCGUUUUUUGUCGUGGUGUUCAGUAUAACCAUCCUUAAAUUUUGAAAUACACAAUAUUUUAAAGUCUUUUUGAGAAGGAGGGCGUAUUGAAACGGAAAUAAAAUAAUUUCAUUAUUUAGUGAAGUGUGUGUUUUUUUUGUUCCCCGAUUCGAGAAAAUCAACCAUAGCGGCUUCAAAUUUUAAUUAAAUGUGAUUAAAAUCACCAUCAACUAUCCUUGUGGUGCUCUUCAACCUUACGGUCUCUGUGCAGUUUUUGACGGAUCUAUCACGUGGUUUUUAAAUAAACCGGCUUUCCGCGUUAAAAGCUUAUCUGUGCGGUUUAUAGUUUCAAAGCUCAGCGAGGAAUCAUUUGAAGUGCAGCGGUUGUUUACGUCAGAUUUGAAACACGCAUACCUAGAAAAACUCGAGAAAUAUAUACACAUUUUAGUGCUUCUGAAUUUCCAGUUCGCGGGAUUCGGGCGGCAACGGGUGGCCUGGGAGCGGAGCUCAAAGAAUUGAUAUUUAAUUAAGUAAAAAUUAAAUUAAAUUUUCGCCGAAUUAACUUUGUGAUCGGUUCGUUAUGACGGGGCGUACGGCGAGUGUGGUGCGGGUGGCCGCCGACAAACUCGAGCGCAACAUCAAUAUCAUCAAAUACUCGCUUUUCUGCUUCAACGUAAUCGCAUGGAUUCUGGGAAUCACUCUCCUGGCAUUCUGCUUGUAUCUUCGAACGGACACAGAAUUCCAAGAAUGGAUCGACAUUCUGGAAAUCUGGAGUUUCAACUAUGGAUUGUACAUCCUCAUCCUCAUCGGUUUCAUCAUCCUCUUCGUCCCGUGCGUUGGUUGUGCCAGUGUUUACCAGGAGCAGAACCAAAUUCUCAUGAUCAAUGCAGGGAUGCAGAUGUUCUGCUUCCUCGCUUUGCUCAUCGGCAGUGCUUUCCUGCUGGAGAACUCAACGGUCAACUCGCGCAUCCAGGGCAUGAUCCGCAACACUGUCACCAGGAUGAUUCUUUACUCUGUCGAGAACGAUAACACGGAGCGCGUUCUUAACGCUGUCCAGGAAAAUAUUGGAUGCUGCGGCGCAGAUGGUCCGAUGGACUACGUGAAUUUGAACCGUGCCCUGCCGACCGAGUGUCGUGACACAGUGACCGGCAACGCUUUCUUCCAUGGAUGCGUUGAUGAGGUCACUUGGUACCUUGAGGAGAAGUCAGAAUGGAUUACUGGCAUCGCUGUCUUCCUGUCUACUAUGCACGUGCUGAUCGCAGUUUUGAACGUUGUCUUAAAGCAGGCACUCGAAUUAGAGGAGAAAAUGCCUUAUCGAAGAUGAUUUGCUUCUCCGUGUGUUUCUCUCUCAUUUACUAAACUGCCUGUUUCCUAUGUUAUCUCUAAGUAAAUGCUAUUUUUACUGUCUUUUUUAGUACAGCAUUGGUUUUAUUUUGACAUCAAAACCCCUUUCAAACUCGUGGAUUAUAUUGCCAUCCUUCGAUAGAACCAACAAUUAUAAAUGUCUGCUAAAUGUGCGCAUAUUUUUGUUUACAUUAAAAGCUAUAGAUCAAACAUCAAGUGAAAUUUAAAUUUAUGAUUUGUUUUGUCUGAACACAGCUUUGAUAUUUUGUACCCUGAUUGUAAAUGAAAACCAGAUAAGCUGACUGUACUAACGCUGUAGUUUAUAAAAAUGCAUUUUUUUUUCAUUUUUUAAUAAAAGGAAUAUAUCGCUA